AUGAAUCUCCGUCUUCUCGUCCUGGCCCUCGCCAGUGCCGUCGCCGCCAGCCCCGUGGAAAUCCAGGAACGCCAGUUGGGCCAGAGUGGAAAUGAGCUACGUGAUGGCUCCUGCAAGCCCAUCACUUUUAUCUUUGCCCGUGCCUCUACCGAGAUUGGCCUUAUGGGUGAAUCGACCGGUCCUGCUGUCUGCAACGACCUGAAGAUGGCCAAGGCCGGUCACGUUGCUUGCCAGGGUGUUGGUCCGAAAUAUACGGCCGACCUUAUGUCGAACGCUCUUCCCGGUAACACCUCUCCGGCUGCGAUCGAGGAGGCCGAAGGUCUCUUCAAAGAAGCUGUGCGCAAGUGCCCCAAUACCCAGAUCGUCGCGGGUGGAUACAGUCAGGGAACCGCGGUCAUGGAUGACUCAAUCUCGAAUCUGCCCGACAAUGUCAAGGAGAAGAUCAAGGGUGUGGUGCUCUUUGGAUACACUCGAAAUGCACAGGAGCAUGGUCAGAUUGCCAACUUCCCCAAGAAUAAGGUCAAGAUCUACUGUGCUUUGGGAGAUAUGGUCUGCGACGGCACUCUGAUUGUCACUGCUGCCCAUUUCACGUACCUUGCCAACACUGAAGAUGCCAGUCAGUUCUUGAUCUCCAAGCUUUCGUCUUAG